CUCCAGUGACGAGGAACUGCCAAACAUAUUCUUCAAACCGCUAUCCUUACAAUUUUACAUAAAAUUCACAAACGACAAAAAAAAACCAAAAAAAACCAUCACUUGUCUCGAUAUCAGAUGGUGUCAGUUCAAAUAAGAGAUAUAGGCCUGGGAGCACUGCAGGGUAUGGAAGGCGAGGACGUUCAAGAUGUAUGGCGCCGUAACCAAGUCGUACCGGAAAGCGUCGAGCAGUGCGUGCAUGAGCUCAUCAAGACAAUUGCUCAACGCACUCCCAACUCGAUCGCUAUUCACGCGUGGGACGGCGAGAUGACGUAUGGCGAGCUAGACGCGAUGUCAGCCAAGCUAGCCAGGCACCUUGUCUGGCUGGGCGUCAAGCUAGAAGACAUUGUGCCACUGUGCUUUGAGAAGUCCAUGUGGACCGUGGUCGCGAUGCUGGCGGUGCUCAAGGCAGGCGGAGCUUUCGUGCCUCUGGACCCAGAGCAUCCAAGAAAUCGCCAUGAAGAGAUCUUCGACCAAACAGGAGCCACCGUUGUGCUAACGUCUGCACAAUACUCGACCUUAUGGGGAGAUUUUGCCUGCAGCAUUGUCACGUUGUGCGAGGCAACCAUCAACCAGCUACCUAUGGAGAUGAACGAGAUUUAUACUGCAGUGCACCCGAGCAACGCUGCAUACGUCAUCUUCACUUCAGGGAGUACUGGGAAACCAAAAGGCGUCGUACUGGAACACCGAGCGGUCUCUACUAGCUGCUUGGGUCAUGGAAGCGUGUUCGGAUUCACACCGCACACUCGAGCUCUUCAGUUCGCUUCCUACACGUUUGACGUAUGCAUUGCUGAGAUCAUCACUACGUUACUAUUUAGCGGCUGUGUGUGCAUUCCGUCUGAGAGUCAGCGGCGUGACAAUCUGUCUGAUACCAUUAACCAUAUGGAUGUAAAUUGGGCGUAUCUUACACCAACUGUUGCACGGCUGUUAGAUCCCCACACAAUCGUAACACUUAGAACGUUGGUACUUGGAGCCGAACGAGUUGUUCUAGCUGAUUGUGAAGUUUGGAGAGAUCAGGUCGAGGUCAUGAAUGCAUAUGGCCCAACGGAGUGCUGCAUCUUCUGUACUGGAUAUGUUGGUAUGGAAGGAUUCAAGUCGUCUUUGCUUGGAAAGUCCAUCGCUUCCGUCGGCUGGGUAGUAGAUCCAGAGAAUCACGACAAGUUGGCUCCCAGAGGGUCGGUUGGAGAGCUCUUGAUUGAAGGACCAAUCCUCGCCCGCGGCUACCUUAACGAUGCUGAGAAGACAAGUGCAGCAUUCAUCGAUGAUCCUGCCUGGCUAUUGCAAGGCGGAGGAGGCUAUCCAGGCCGGCACGGUAGAGUGUACAAGACAGGCGACUUGGUCUACAGUGAGCCUGACGGAGAUCUGGUCUACGUGGGCCGCAAAGACGAUCAAGUCAAGGUGCGAGGCCAACGAGUCGAGCUCGGCGAGAUUGAGCAUCACUUGCGGGAGUGCAUGCCCGAAGCCAGGCUGAUGACAGUUGAGGUCAUCCUACCCAAGGGCCAGAAACACAAUGCAAUGCUAGCUGCUUUUCUCCAGCUAAAUGGCGAGAUAGAUACUGCUCUGAGGACGGAUGUGAUGGCCGAGACUAGCUUGGGAGCGAGAGUGAUGCGUCCGGUUGAAGUGGAGAACAAGAUAAGUCAGCGGCUACCAAGCUACAUGAUACCAGACGUGUACUUUGCCGUUACACAGCUUCCGAUGACGGUGUCCGGAAAGACGGACAGGAAGCGACUACGAGAGAUUGGAGCCUCGUUCUCGGCCCAACAAUUGGCCGAGAUGCAGACGUUGAGCCAGGGGCCGAAGCGUCUGCCAUCGACCCAGACGGAGCAGACGAUCCAGCAGCUGUGGGCACGGGUGCUGGGCAUUGAGCCAGAGAUAAUUGGGCUGGACAACAGCUUCUUCCGCCUCGGCGGCGACUCGAUCGCGGCGAUGAAGAUGCUGGCUUAG